ACGUAGCAAAAAACUGUCAAUAUAAAUUUGCAGUUGAAAUAAAGCACCAUUAUAAGAGAGUACGCGCGAAGUCGGUAUCAACGCCCGCAGCGAAAUUACGUUGAAUAUGCCUCGAGUGCGUCUCAGCCCCCACUCCAAUUCGCUCGCAGCGCCCUCGCAAAAUUUUUCCACGCGCGGCGCUUCACCGGGAAAGCGUCGUUCGAUCCACUAUGGGUCACGCCCACGGAAAUAGCCACGCACUCGCCAAACGCAUCCAAGCCUAUCCAGGUAACGGGUUGGGUCGUUGUGUCAACAAACAGUCCGUGCUUCCCAGUGUCGUUGUGUCAUUGCCAUAGUCUAAACUAAACACACCGCUGCUGUCAGAGCGAUGCCGGCGACGAAGAACAUCUGAUGCGCUACGCUCGCCGCCAAGGACAUGGCUUACAUUUGGGUGCAGGCGUCGCAGAUAUGUUCCGCUUGCGGAACAAAGUGCGCGCAUUGGAAUGACAGCGCGCACAAGCGUCGACGCAAUGUCAUCUCCGCUUGGGAAGCGUCAUCGCAAAACGAGUGCCUAGUCCCGUCACCCGAAGAAGUCGCAAGUCCGCCUCGUUGACGUAUUGUUAUUCCCAAGUGUUCCAGACUCGAUAGGAUCUCCGCUUCCGCGGCCAGGCUCUCCGAUGGCCGGACAGAGGACGGUGUUCUUCGUGAGGUGCCUGUUCGUCAUAUCCGUGCUAGCAGCCGUGUGCUUGCUGAAAUAUGAAUACACCAACAUCUGGACAAAUACGCCUGAUGGCUUUCCGAAAGCCAGGAAAUCUCAGAGCACGGUUCAACUCCGGCCGCAGCCGAGUGCGGCGAACGUCACCAGCCAAGCACCUACAGAGCGUGUCAAGCUGGUCGUGGUCACAUGCAAGAGCCUGCUCAACAUGACUCUCACCAACAUCAAGUCAGCAGUGGCUUUCACAACGGUGCCGUUGGAGCUUCUGCUUUUCGCCGACGAUGAGAACAGAGAGCCGCUGCGACAGGCAAUUUCUUUGUGGCCUGAAAGCGUGCUGAAGCGGAUUCAUUACAAGGUGUCACCGGUGAAGUUCCCAGAACCGGAUGCCAAAAAGUGGCAGACCCUCUUCAAGCCUUGUGCAUCGCAGCGCCUAUUUCUUCCUAGCAUGCUGCCAGACGUGGACGCGGUCAUCUAUGUCGACGCCGAUGUCCUGUUUCUGAGCCCCAUUGAGAAGCUGUGGCAGCAUUUCGCAUCCAUGAACAGCUCACACCUGGCAGCGUUGGCCCCCGAGAGUGAGGACUAUGCCACCAACUGGUACCGGCGCUUCGCCAGGCACCCCUUCUACCAACCGCUUGGUGUCAACUCGGGCGUAAUGCUGAUGAACCUCACCCGCAUGCGGAAGUUUGGCUGGGAGGAACGCCUGGGGCCACUGCUGCAGAGGUACGGCCGCGAUAUCACCUGGGGCGACCAGGACCUCCUCAACAUCUUGUUCAGCGCCCACCCUGAACGCCUGUUGCUGUUUUCGUGCCGGUGGAACUACCGGCCCGACCACUGCAUGUACGGAGUGUACUGUACUGCGGGACCACCGGCUGUUGUCCACGGGUCACGCAAAGCCUUUGUCAAGGACUCGGAGCCGGCUUUCCGGGAACUUCACCAGGCCAUGGGGCAGUACAAGCUGGGUGAAAGCCUUGGGGACACUUUCAUCGCCGAUUUCAAGGAUGCACUCAGCAGAAGUCGCAAGACUCGCUGCGGGCAGGAGUUCCUCAAGCAGGUGGUUCACUGGGAAGCAAGAGCACGCAGCAUCGACAGUGCUGCCAUUAAGACCAGACGGAGUACAGAGUCCUGAGAAGAAUCCUUAGCUGGGAUAAUGUAACGAUUCUAUUCUAUUCCACUGCUAUUUCUUUUAGCACUUCAUCACUUGCCACGCUUACAUUAUCACCGAGAUCGGUUAGUCAUGAAUGGUGAAUAUUCUGAUAAGAAUGGAAUCAAGUGAAAGGAAGUCUUGCAUUAUAUCGGGCUCUGUGUAAUUUAAUCUUCUUGUCAUAUACAGUAGAACCCCUCUAAUACGUUUUUCACGGCACCGCGAGAAACGGGAAAUGUAUUGUGCAAACAUGCUGUUAAAAUCACACCAACAUGCUGUUAAAUAUUAAAAGAAGGACGCUAUGCACAGCUCAGCCUCCAAAGGAUUUGCAGUCGCAGACUGAUAAUGUGGACUGAACGGGGACUGCCUAAAGCUCUGAAAUAUUGGAUUUUGCAGGGAGUGAGUGGCUUAUUCCAAAAGUCGCCAAAAAAGCUGUGUCGUAUUCUGGGAUUGUCACUCUUGGGGGUGCCUUAGCUUUCGCAAGAUUUCGCUUGACUAAUGCUAGACAUGAUGGCUUUCUUGGAAAAGUGCCAGGAUCGCUGUUGCCAGUCGGCCCAUCCGGUGCUAUGAAACUAGUAGUAGUAUCUUCGAAAGUGAUGGUCCGAGAAUACAGCCCAACUAUGUCAAGGCGUUGCUGCACGCACAUACGCUCACCUGUGACCUGGUCAGUCCAUAUUUGGACCAUUGUCAUGCUGUCUCUACAGAUAGACGCAAGUACAGUCAAUGCAUGCACCUAAUCUUCGUCCCCUGGCAACAUAACCGAAGUGGAGCGAGUUGCAAUAGCCAAAUGACUGUGUGGUUUCUUGCUGAUGUGGCUAGUGCAAAAGCAGACACGGUGCACAAAAGGGCAACAAGGAUUGUGCUUGUGCUUGUCGCCCUUUUGUGCCCCGUGUCUACUUUUGUGCUAGCCACUUCAGCAAUGGAAUACCAACUAGCCCAGUCUCACACCCUGCUUCAGUUUUUUGCCACACUCAUUGCCUGACGCUGCCUUCACAAGCGAGAAAGAUGGUGGUUUGUGCUCCCAUCUAUAUUCCAUCUUUCAUCUCAAAGGUGUUGUUAAUAUCACGUAGAUUGCGAGCCUGUAAUUCUGUGUUGCCAUAGUAUUUAUGUGUUAAGUAUGUUUGCAUUUAAAGUGACUGCUUAGCGAAAAUUUGAGCUGCCAUUGCCGCUGUCACGAGUUUCUAUUCUGUGUACUGUCUCAUAGUGGCUCCCAAUUUAAUAUUUUGUAGAACUAAAAAUGCACAAAUUUUUUAUCCUAUUUAUGCAAUUCUUUGCUUCCCUUCCUCUAAUAGUUCCUGCAAGUCACAAGGUUACCUCUCAGGUGCCUGUUUGAAUAAAUGUACAGAAUUGUUCUUUGUGCAGCAUUAUCAAUGUUCGCACAUAGAAUUGCAUAAAUUCAGCUGUUUCUUACUGAGUAGCCUUUCUCUAUGCAUUUGUUUAGGAUUCUCAAGUUUUGUUUUGUUGCAUUUAUUUUUGCCCCAUCAGAAAUGACAUGCACAGCACAGUAGUGCCAUAUGGCAUAGAGUGAUGCUGUCACAGUUUCUUUUGUGUCACUUUUACUGCAUUUUUUGCACAUUUUGAAUAGACACUAAAGGCAACCAUAAAUUCAAGUUAGUUAUCAAUCAGCAUAUCAUUAGGCGUCCGAUAUGUCACUUCUACAGAAAAACCCAGCGCGGUGACUCUAGUGACUACGACAUUCUGCUACUGUGCACAUGGUCAUGGGUUUGAUUCUGAGUCACUACAACUGCAUUCCGAUGAGAACGGAUUGCAAAAAUGCCCGUGUACUUAGAUUAAGGUGCACAUUAGAGAACCCCAAAUGUUUAGAAUUAAUCCUGGGUCCCCUGCUACAAUAUCUCCUGUAGUGCAUCAAUUCGGGAUCCUUAACCUUAUAAUUUGACAACUUUUUCUACCGGAAACAGAGCAUUUGUAAGCAAGGAAAUGAGACCCAGUAUAAAACAAGGUUGGAGCUGCCACAUUGCAAAUGUGAUACCAGCUCCCAUGGCGUAACUAGGUUACCGCUGAUACUUUUAGGAAGUCCUUCACAGAUAUAUGUCACUAUGACAACUGAUACGUCAUAGACACCAAAAGCUUUGUAGGAAAGUUCUUACACCCUUCUGAAGUAUUAGGGGUCUGUUUGCUAGCUCACACCCUCGCUCGAAUGCAGCAGCAAUGCGUUCACUCCUGUAGUUGUAUAUAUAAGCUUCUGGCUGCCCUCCAAUGCGGAGGCAGUGAAAGGUGAAGAAACAAAUUACUGAGUACUGGUUAAAAACAAGAAUUGCACAGAGAAGUUGUCAAUGCAAGUGAUGUGCAAGCAAGGUAACAUUUAUAAUCAUUGAUAAAUAUGUUUCAUAGCGAAGGUAGGGGCCCUGGCUCUUCUUUAACAUUUGAUACGAGCCACACCAAUACACAAAGCCAGCUGUGGAACUCUGCUUAAAAGCUUAAACAAAACAGCUUAAAACGAAGUGCAGCCUUGCCACUUGGAUUUUGAAGCUUGAGAACUCGCUACCUAUUCAUGCUGCUUUGUUGGUAGUUAUUAUGAGAGAGUGGUGCCCCCUCUUUGCUAUCCAAAUACUCAUGGUAGUUGUGCCCAGCAGAGUAUGGCCUCAAAAAUCACUAGUGCAGCUAUGCAAGACAAGGCGUUUUCUGCUAGCUGUUCGAAUCGUGGAGGUACUAUUAUGUGGCCCCUCCAGUUAAGAUUUUCCCUGCAACAAUGUGACCUCUUGGCAUAGAACAAAUACUGCAAGGGUUGUGGAAGGCUAACUUAACAAUGUAAAUUGAUUCACUGAUUGGCUUUUUGUUUCUUUAAGUCUGAAAUGUCACUGGUAAACUAUGUCUCAUUUAAGCAUAUCAAAUUUACUUUACGUGCAUUCAUUUCAAGUAUGUGCUCCCUUCACGCGUUCUGUGUCAUGAUGGGAUGCAGUCAGCACAAAUUUCCAUUGCUCUGUUGGACAUUUUGAGCAGUUUGAAAGUGGCUUGUGUGUGAGGCACUAAGCACCACAGCAAAGAUGGAAAGGAAGCGACCCUCAUUGCUGAAAGGACAAUCAGUGUUUAUGGUGGACUGAGAAAGAACAGAAAUUUAUUUUACCGGCUGUCUCGUAAAUCAUGAUGUCAUCUAAGCUGCUUUCAAAACUGAUAAAGAAACACCCUGCUUGUAUUGUUAACCAAGCCUUGCGAACUGAUACUUGCGUUCAACAUUGUCUGUUCUGCAAAAACUUGUUUCAAGAACGUCAGCCUUGGUGCUGCUGAGAAGAAUGUCUACACUGCUUGGCCUGUAGAUGAUGUAAACCUUGUGAUGGGUGCCAUGCUUGUACCGAAACAACACGUUUAUUCAUGUUUUGUUGACAACACCAUUGUUUAAUUGUUUAUUGCCACUUGUGAUGCUUGCAUUCUUAGAAAAGACAGUUGAAAGACUUGAAACAGUUGUGUACGUUGGAGCCAUUUGUGGUGACAGAUACUAGCUGCACAUUUGGUUUUCGCAAAUUCAUAAAUGUCAAAAAAAAAAAAAGGUGUCACAGGGAAACAGUGUCACAGUGCAGGUGGGCAUAAUCUCAAAAUUUACACAGCACUGUCGAGUGUUGUGCUAAGCUGGGUUUCGAGCUGGGCUUCAGUCCUUAUUGUGAUAACUUUCAGCAUGUGUUUGCAUUUUUAUGAACCAUUGGCACAAAGAGUGUUUGCUUAGCUUUACCUGUGGUUCAUUUGUUUCAGAUCUUAAUGCUGUUUAUGUUUAGCUCAUUGUGCGGUAGAUUGCAUUUAAGCUGGACUCUGUUACGUUGAAUUUAUUGAUAAGCCAAGCACAUCAGUUAGGCACAUCAGUUCCCAUAGGUUUGAUGCACUUUGGUUAACCUCAACUUCUAGCAGAACAAUCAUAUUGCACUGUCCCUUUGUGUUUGGCUUGAGGGAAGUAUACUUUAUUACAGCGCAGGUGAUCUAGCUAAGUCGUGCACACCUGCAAAUUGUGUGUUGGACAGCUUUGGAAGCAUAAAAUGGUGCCAUAGUUUUUUUGCUGUUUUUUUCCCCUCGGGUGUCUUAGCCUUCCUAGGAACCUCUGUGCUAAGCACACAAUGUCUACAAGUUCUUACAGUUCUUGUCUAAGGACGGGUGCCUGGUAUUGCACGCUCCGUGAACAAGAAGUCGUUGUAUAGUGUGCUUCUUGCAUUUCUUUUUUUUUUGUUAUUAUUAUUGGGGGUGCAUGUAACCAAUCAUUUCAAGUUUGGUAGCUGCCUGUAAUUAAUGAGAUAGCAGUUUCCAAUGAGCUCACGUCAUCAUUAUGACCACUUCUGUGGUUCAUGACCAGCCCAUUUUAUCGUAAACUUUUUGUUUUUCCUACCAUAUUCAGGGCGUUACUUUUUAGCAUUCCUUUACAUACUUUUACAUGUUUUAGAGUAAAUAGUAAUGUAGAGCGCCAAAAAAACCGCUGGCCAUUUUCGCCCCCAUUUUACUAAAAAAAAGAAGCAUUGACCAUUACGAGGUUAAAGCACACAGUUAUGUGCUUAUAAAAGAGAAGUGUCCAUGUUCCUAGGUUGUCACACAGUAGUUAAGUCAGGUCUGCAAAUUUGUUGCUCACGUAAUUAAAAAUUUGCUAAGGCUUUGUUAACCUAUUCAACCACACUUCUAUAGACAUUUAUUAUAAAUGUCCCUCAAGUAUCGUGCGAUGAGUGUCUGAUAGAGGGCAAGAUGCAGAGUCAACAGUAUUUUAAAGGCACAGGUUCGCUUGACAGUGCUCGACUUCACAUAUAACUGUUAAGGCCUCACAGUACAUUCUUAGUAUUUAUUUCGUUUAUUUGGUCCACUGCACUUUUAGAUUGCCUAGUUAUGUUCUACAGUUGGGAAUGUUGUUUUUGGAAACACCUUUCCUGUAGCAUACCAGUUGAACCUUGCUGUAGAGCACACUCUUUGCCUGUUUGUUCUGAACUUUUGUUAUGCUUACUUUGCAAGAUACUAUGUACAAUUGAUAAUAACAACCAAACAAAGCCUGUGUUCACACACUGUGUGAUGCAUGUCAUGACAUGACGUUACACAUCUGCCACCAAGGCCACGAGUCGAAUUAGCUAACACUCCCAGGGCCAAGUGUACGAUAUGUACACAAAUACCCUAGAAGGUUGGCAGAAAAGCAACAGCUGUCAAUGUAUGUGUCACAAAAAGUUAAUGUAAGAAAAAAGAAAGAAAGACAGAAAGACAUUCUUUCUGUCCAUCUCUUUUUUCUUCCGCUUACCUUUCACACCAGAGACAUUGACAGCUGUGCACGGACUUGCCCAAAAUAGUAGUGCACUAGUGAGAGCCACCACCAUAGCUCUAUUGGUAGAGCACCACACACAUCAUAUAGAGGUUGUCGGUUCAGCUCCCACACGCGUGAAAGUCGUCUUCCACUUUUGUUUUGCCUUCGUUAAUAUUUCUACCGCAGCCUUUUUAAAAGAUAUAGUUCAUUUCCCCAUAUGCAAUUUCUUGGCUGUAUUGCCUGUUGGCUUCAUUUGAUUGUUCCUAGCAAUAAGCCUCGUGGAUCCCCUGAUUAUGUACAAUUGAGUUUUUCAUACACCAGAAGCCUACAAUCUCAGAAAUGGCAAUAUACUCUAGUUACUGCAUAAACUUGUGCAAUGGCUGUGCUUUUUCUUUCUAGAAGUUCCUUUUUAUUCGAACAAAUUUGUGCUCAAUUAUUACGCAGAUAAAAACACGAUGAUUUUUGUAAGCAAAGGUUAUUAGCAAGAAUGAGCCUGCUUCUCUUCGUAACGAUAAACCUUCAGGAUAAAGUAGAUGCCAUAGUCAAGUGAAAUAGCGCACUGGCUACUAUUAUGAUUACCAAGACAACCAGAUGAAUUUGAGUCAGCAAGCAGGUUGUAAUCUUUAAAUAACUGGCUUGGCUUGUGCAGAAUAGUCUGAAAUGUGCAAAUUAGUUCAUCAAAUUUGCCUACUUAAAUGGCAUCUAGCCCUGCUUAGUUCAAAGCACUUUUUGUUCACUCACGUUCGCUCAGAUAGCUAAAUAUAUGAGAAAUGGUGAGAAAAUUGAAAUAGAAAACCAGCUGUUGUCAUUGAUUGCAUUUCUACACCUUCAUCUCAGGAAUGAUAAUUCCUUUUGGAAUGGUAUUCACAUCAUGCCAAGAUGCACAAAAAUUGUAACACUCAAGUGAAGAAUACACUGAUAUUUCAUUGAAUCAACAAACCCUAAUAUAUCACAUGUGAAACUGGUCACCCUGAUGGUGACAACAUAUGUUUAUAUGCUGGUUCUCAUUACUUUUAAAUAUAUAAAAUACACAAGAACAAACUUAAGUUGGAUUCACGCACUAGGAACAAUCAACAUUUCAAUCUGCGGGCAAGCCUGACAAGCUCAGUAUUGGCGAAUCACGCCACCACACGAGUAUGGCGUAGACCACCACCCACUUGUGCGAUUCACUACAACUCGCCAUGUUGCGUUUGUCUGUGGAAUGAAUCAGCAAUCUGUCCUGUUCAAUUUCAUUUUUAGAGGUAUGGCUGCUGCAUUAUUGUUUGCUGUUGUGCAAGUAUGUACAGUAACUGGAUUACGUUUCAUGGAGUUCAAUUAUGAAGAGCAAUUUAGUGUGAUACAUUAUGAACAGAAAUGAGCAUUUAAGGAUCUGCACUGCUGUGUAAUGUUUUGAAUGCAUAUUUAUUUAGAUGGGGGACAUGUGCCAAUGCCAGUAGCCGCACAGAAUCUGCGAGCACAGCCUAUAAUAUUGUGCCAUUGUUUUCGCAUGAAGUUAGUACUGGAUACUAAAAGCUUUGUUCCUCGAGGUAUCAUAUUGGACGAUCUCGUUUUUGUUUUGUUCCAGCAUUGUUUCAGCAUUUGUUUGUUUGUUACACCCCGUGUGCCAUGAUUAACAGCAACAAAAUAAACAAUGCAGCACAAAAAUAAA